AUGAGUAACCUAAGAGCUACUAUUAUUAGCUCAAAUAAGACUGAUAAAAAGAAUCUUCAAAUUGCCUUUAUUCAUCCUGAUUUAGGGAUUGGAGGUGCUGAAAGAUUGGUUGUGGAUGCUGCAGUUGGCCUUCAGGAGGUAGGUCAUAAUGUUACAGCUUAUACCAAUCAUUGCGAUUUAAGCCACUGUUUUGAAGAAGUGAAAAAUGGAACAUUAAAAGUAGAAGUUUACGGUGAUUCACUCCCAAUUAGUUUCUUUGGUAAAUUCUUCAUUAUUUUUGCAAAUAUUAGACAGCUAUAUUUGGUUUUCCAAUUAAUCAGAACAGGGAAAAUCAAAGAAUAUGAUUUAUUUAUUGUUGACCAAUUAUCAACAUGCAUUCCAUUGUUACAUUAUUUCUCAAAUGCAAAAGUCAUGUAUUACUGUCAUUUUCCUGAUCAGCUUCUGGCUAAAAGAACCAGCUUGUUAAAGAAAUUGUAUCGUAUUCCUUUUGACUUAUUAGAACAGAUGACUAUCAGUGUGGCUGAUAGUGUAGUUGUUAAUUCCAAGUUCACAAGGUCAAUGUACAAAAAGACUUUCAAUUAUUUGAAGCAUAAAGAAGAACCAGGGGUCAUUUAUCCAUGUGUGGAUUUAACUCCCCUACCAAUCGAAUCAUAUGAUAGAGAUUUGUUACAAGUUAUCUUAAAUCCUCAUGACAAAUUUUAUUUGAGUAUUAACAGAUAUGAAAUUAAAAAAAAUAUUGAAUUGGCUUUAAAAGGGUUUGCAUUAUCAUCUGAAAGAAAUAAUGAUAAUGCUAAGCUAAUAAUUUGUGGUGGUUACGAUGAGAGAGUUACUGAAAAUGUUAUAUAUCACAAGCAGUUAGAAAAAAUUGCAGGUGAUUUAGAGUUAAGCCACGCAACUAUAUUUUAUCCUGAAUUUAAAAAGCAAAAGAGCUUGCAUGACUUUAAAGUCUCAAACUGUAAGGUUAUAUUUUUAACUUCAAUUUCUUCUUCAUUGAAAGAAUUAUUAUUGGAAAAAACCGAAAUGCUACUAUACACUCCUACUAAUGAACAUUUUGGUAUUGUGCCCUUAGAAGCGAUGAAAUAUGGCAAACCUGUCUUAGCAGCAAAUAGCGGUGGUCCUUUAGAAACUGUUAUUUCAUAUGUUGAGGGCAAAAAUAAUAAAACUGCCACCGGAUGGCAGCGCAACCCAGACCCUAAAUUAUGGGCAGAAGCUAUUGAAGAGUAUUUAGAGAUAAAGAAUGGAAAAUUGGUUGAUUUCACUAAGAAUGGGCCUCGUAAAGUAAAUGAAGAAUUUAUUCGUCCUGCAAUGACAGAUAGUUUUGAAAAAUACUUUUCUCAGUUUAUGAAUACCAAAAGAGCAAUUUAUUUAUGGGAAAAAUUAAUCCCAGCUGUUUGCGUACUGCUCCUACUUUCUAUUCCUGUUAUAAUUUCACGUUUAAUGUUUUUUUAG